UUUCUGGUUAAGAAUAUAUUGCAAACUGAUUACUGUUAUGAAAAAAUAUAUGCUCUUAUGGCUGUCCAGUAGUCGCGAAUUUCACGUUUCAGUGAUAGAACAAUCAUUUCAUAGAAAACAAUAUUUUUGAGAUACAAGGAUUAUGCAUAACCAUGUUGUUGAAACAUUUAGUAUUUGUUUUUGUCGACCGAUUCCUACGUUGUCACUAUUACAAAUAAUUUCUUAGUUCCUGUUAGGAUGUUGUCGGGUAGCUCAAUUUGUAUUGAGCUUUUGUUUCUUGUGCUUUUAUCACAUUCUAGUAGCGAUGUACACGGGAUUACAGAAACAGCUGGUUAUGCGACCUCGUCACAAUCUUCGGAGACAGAAGAAACAGAAGCGACUGAUUAUUCUGAUGACAUAAUUUUUCCAGUCAUGAAUGUACCUUACGAUGACAUUACUGCCAACGGUACUAGUUUACCAUAUUUACCUACAACAACAACAACCGAUGGACCUAACUCGACAACAUGGGAAUCAACCACUAUAGUACUUCAAAACACAACAGAUCAUUCAAAUGAUUCGACUAUAGCGAUAGAAACAACGGAAACGGCUACAACAAUGGGAGUGACAACAAAAGAAAUGGAGACAACAACAGUAACAACGGCAACAGAUAUGAUCACAACAGUUGUACCUAUUCCAAAUGUACACAAAUUUUCACUGAAAAAUGGAAGCUCUUACUGCCUUCUGUUUCAAAGCGAUAUAAAAUUUCAAAUUUUCUAUCACAGUCAGAAUAAACUGGUAAAAUCUUACGAAUUUACUGUAUCUAAUGCUACUAUUAACGAUAAUGAAAGUGUAUGUAGUGAACAUUACACAAAAUUAUCACUCACGUUCAUACCAUAUGGACAAAACGAAGAGCAUAAGUGGACAUUAGUUCUUUUGUUUAAUCUUAUGGAACCAAACAAAACUUCAAAUGAUGCGACUACUGUGAGAUCUACUUAUACAUUGAACAGUUUAAUAUUAAAUUAUUAUAUGGAUAAGACUUUAUUUCCGGAUUCAUUGACACCAGGUCAAUAUGUUAAUGUGUCCAGCAAUAAUAUGGUAUUUAGAAUACCUGUUGGAUCAUAUUAUUCAUGUUUGAUUGUACCGGAAAUUACCUUGACUGGAAAUGAAAAAAUCUUUAAUAGUUGCAAGUUAUUUAUGAAAAAUUUGAAAGUAGAAGCAUUCAUGAACAAUUCUGUGGAAGCAUUUAUUGGAAACGAUAUAGUAAUCUUUUUGUCGAGAUUACUGUUACCUACUUAUCGAGGAAUUUGUCACCAUAGUUAUGAAAUAUUCUUACAAGCUAAUAAAAUUGUUUCAUAAACCAAUGUUUCUCCGUUUUUUGUUAUACAACAUUUAACUUAUAUCAAAGACUUAAGCUUAUAAGCAUUAAAUUUUAAUCUUUCACGGAAGAUUACUUCCGAAAUAACUUGUUUGUUUUCAAUACUUAACCCUCCCCCUUUAAUUUUCUUUUUAACAGAAACGUUAUGUGAAUCAGAUGUUAAUGUUAAUAAUAUGGUACCUAUUGGUGUUGGUAUUGCACUAAUUGUCUGUAUUGUGGUUGCCAUAACUGUAUUUAUUGUUUUCAGCAAACGCAAUCGUCGUAGUUACACUACACUUUAACUAAAUGAGUUCCCUUCAUGUACGAAUUUAUCUUAUAUAAUGUAUCGCAUUCUUAUGUGUUUUUAGGUAUUUGCACGUUUGUAUGUAUGUAUGAUUAAGUGUACGUUUUCCAGCAUGGGGAUUACUAACUGAACUGACUAUCAUUUGACACAUUCAGGUAUUUCAUCUAACCUGUCGUGUUUUACUGACAACUCAAUUUGUGUUUAAAUAUUUUAACAUUUCCAAUAUCUUCCAUUACUAUUACCGAACAAUUCAGUCAAUUUACGAUUACAUGAUGUGAUUUUUAUCAACAUUAUAUACAAUGUAUGACGUUUUUCAAGUGGAUUUCAUUGAAUUUUCUAUGCGACAUGUCAAUCAUUACCACCUUCGCUACCGUUUUUUUCUCUUGACACUUAUCUAUUCACAUUUUCUUAUAUGCAAUGUUUUUUUUGUAAUAAUUUUAACUACCUAAAUAAAACACAAUACAUAUUAUUUUUAGAUAA